GCGAGCCCGGAAGCGGUCGGGGGCGGCGGCGGAGGCGGCGGAGGCUACUCGGGCGGGCCGGGGUUGCGGCGCGGUCCUCGACUCGGCUUGUCCGGCGCGUGGCCCGGCAGCCAUGCAUCUCCCGGCCCCGGGCCCGCUGGGGGACUGCCUGCGGGACUGGGAGGAGCUGCAGCAGGACUUCCAGAGCAUCCAGGAGACCCACCGGCUGUACCGCCUGAAGCUGGAGGAGCUGACCAAGCUGCAAAACGGCUGUACCAGCGCCAUCACUCGGCAGAAGAAGCAGCUCCAGGAGCUUGCUCUUGUCCUGAAACAAUGCAAACGCUCCCUGCAGUCAGGGGCCAGGGAGGCCGCCCAGGAGCUGGAGAACCAGAUCAAGGAGCGCCAGGGACUCUUCUUCGAUAUGGAGGCCUAUUUGCCCAAGAAGAAUGGGUUGUACCUGAGCCUGGUCCUGGGCAAUGUCAACGUGACACUCCUGAGCAAGCAGGCUAAGUUCGCCUACAAGGACGAGUACGAGAAGUUCAAGCUCUACCUCACCAUCCUCCUCCUCCUCAUCUCCUUCACCUGCCGCUUCCUCCUCAACUCCAGGGUGACGGACGCCGCCUUCAACUUCCUGCUGGUCUGGUACUACUGCACGCUCACCAUCCGCGAGAGCAUCCUCAUCAACAACGGCUCCCGGAUCAAAGGCUGGUGGGUUUUCCAUCACUACGUGUCCACUUUCCUGUCGGGAGUCAUGCUGACGUGGCCCGACGGCCUCAUGUACCAGAAGUUCCGGAACCAGUUCUUGUCCUUCUCCAUGUACCAGAGCUUCGUGCAGUUCCUGCAGUACUACUACCAGAGCGGCUGUCUAUACCGCCUGCGGGCCUUGGGCGAGAGGCACACCAUGGACCUCACUGUGGAGGGCUUCCAGUCCUGGAUGUGGCGCGGCCUCACCUUCCUGCUGCCCUUUCUCUUCUUCGGACACUUCUGGCAGCUUUUCAACGCGCUGACUUUGUUCAGCCUGGCCCGGGACCCCGAGUGCAAGGAGUGGCAGGUGCUCAUGUGCGGCUUCCCCUUCCUCCUGCUCUUCCUCGGCAAUUUCUUCACCACCCUGCGGGUCGUGCACCAGAAAUUCCACAGUCAGAGGCGUGGGAGCAAGAAAGAAUGAGUCUAGGCCUGCCUGCCCGGCUCCCUCCGGUGCCCCUGGCCCGGCAGGGGCUUCUGUCCCCUUUGCUGGGGCGGUAGGGGCCUCGCCUCAUGCGGGAGGGUCUCUUCUGCUCUCCCUGGGGUUUUGUGGGCCCUGUGGGCCCCGAAGGCGCCGCCGGAGAGGAGGGCCGGGCCUGCAGGGAGCGGGGGGCCGGCAGCCUGAAUAAAGGAAGCGUGGCAGA